AUGCCGGGCUUCACCUGCUGCGUGCCGGGCUGCUACAACAACUCGCACCGCGACAAGGCGCUGCACUUCUACACCUUCCCCAAGGACGAGGAGCUGCGGCGCCUCUGGCUCAAGAACGUCUCCCGGGCGGGCGUCAGCGGCUGCUUCAGCACCUUCCAGCCCACCACGGGCCACCGCGUCUGCAGCGAGCACUUCCAGGGCGGCCGCAAGUCCUACCUGGUGCGGGUGCCCACCAUCUUCCCGCUGCGCGGCGUCAACGAGCGCAAGGCUCAGCGGGCCCGGCGCCCCCGCCCCGCCGCCGCCGCCGCCGCCGCCCCGCCGGGCCCCGCCGCCGCCGCCGAGGCCCCUGCAGGGGGCGCGGCCGAGGACGUGAAGCCCAUCGACCUGACGGUGCAGGUGGAGCUCGGGGCCGCCGACACCGUCGGGCCCAUCCCCGCGCGGCUGCCGGUGCCGGUGCCGGUGGUGGCGGCGGCGGCGGCGGCGGGGGAGGAGAGCCAGGCGGAGGGCGGCCCCCCCGACCACUCGUACUCGCUGUCGUCGGGCACCACGUCGGAGGAGCUGCUGAGGAAGCUGAACGAGCAGCGCGACAUCAUCGCGCUGCUGGAGGUGAAGAUGAAGGAGAUGAAGGGCAGCAUCCGCCGCCUGCGCCUGGCCGAGGCCCAGCUCCGCGAGGAGAUCCGCGAGAAGGACCGGCUGCUCCACGCCGCCAGCGCCGGCACCCGCAAGCGCCACGGCCUCUGA